GAUAGGACCCACAUAGGCCCUGGCAUGCUUUCCGUCACACAUAUCCUUUGUCGAAUAUGGAUUUAAGAAUUCGCAUUAUAUUUGGACUAUAUAUGGUUUCUCAACUUGUAAUUUUUAUUUCGGCAGAACCUAGCUGUAAACUGAAAGCCAAGUUCAAUUUGAAUGGCUAUAAAAGCACAGAGAAGAAGAAGGUGAUAGUAGGGGGAAUGUUUCCAGUGCAUUAUCGACUGGCCUCUUCUAAGAGCAACACCUCAUCGGUUCCCACGUCGUCAGGAUGCGAAGGGUUUAAUUUUCGAACCUUUCGCUGGACACAGACAAUGCUAUUUGCCAUUGACGAGAUAAACAACAGCGAGGACCUGCUGCCAAACACAGAUCUGGGCUAUGUCAUCUAUGACUCCUGCUUCACCAUCUCUAAGGCAGUGGAGGGCACACUGACAUACCUGACCGGGCAGGACGAGGCUGUGCCCAACUACCGCUGUGGCACAGGGGCACCUCUGGCAGCCCUUGUGGGGGCAGGGGGGUCUGACCUCUCCAUUGCUACAGCACGUAUUCUCGGCCUCUACUAUUUCCCCCAGGUCAGCUACUCAUCCUCAUGCACGGUGCUGAAUAGCAAGUUCCAGUUCCCCACCUUCCUGCGCACCAUUCCCAGCGAUGCACACCAGUCGCUUGCUAUGGCCAAGCUGGUGCUGCACUUCGGCUGGACCUGGGUGGGCACCAUCGCCGCGAACGACGACUACGGCAAGUACGGCAUCAAGGCCUUCAGGGAAGAGGUGGAGGACGCGGGGGUGUGCAUCUCUUUCUCAGAGACGCUGCCCAAGGUCCAGUCGCCGGAUGACAUCCGCCGCAUCGUGGAGACGGUCCUGAAGUCCACCGCCAAGAUCAUCGUGGUGUUCUCCUCUGACGUGGACCUCAGCCCGCUGAUUGGGGAGCUGCUGCGCCACAACGUCACCAACCGCACCUGGAUCGCCAGCGAGGCCUGGGUCACCUCGGCCCUCAUCGCCCGGCAGGGAACGCCCUCCCUCCUGGGCGGGACGCUGGGCUUUGGCCUCCGCAGGGCCGUAAUCCCGGGCCUGCAGGAACACCUCCUGGACAUCGACCCGCACAUGGACCCGCUCACCGAGGAGUUCUGGGAGACGGCCUUCAACUGCACCUUGGAGUACCCGGCGAGCAGAUGGGGGGGCGGCCUCAACGCGUCCAUGUCCAGGAACGCUCUGGCACCCAACGGGCUGUGCACGGGCAGGGAGUCCCUGCGGCAGCUGAACAGCACGUACACAGACGUGUCCCAGCUGCGCCUCACAUACAGCGCGUACAAGGCCGUCUACGCUGUGGCCCACGCCCUCCAUAACCUGGAGCACUGCGAGCCUGGAAAGGGGCCCUUUGAAGAGAAGACCUGUGCUAACAUCAGCGAUUUUGAACCCUGGCAGUUAAUGUAUUACCUGAAGAACCUCAAGUUCAAUGUCCCGCACACUGGCGAAACCAUCUUCUUUAAUGACGGAGAGGUGCUGGGAGAGUAUGAUAUUAUUAAUUGGCAAACGAAUGAAGAUGGCAGCAUUUCCUAUGUCCAGAUUGGUCACUACAAUGGCUCGGCACCCCCUGAAGCCAUGUUGUCCAUUAAGAAUUCAUCCAUCAUCUGGAACAAUGAUGUUAUGGAGGCCCCACGCUCUGUGUGCAGUGAGACCUGUCAGCCUGGCACCAGGAAAGGUAUCCGACAGGGAGAGCCUGUUUGCUGCUUUGACUGCAUACCCUGUGCAGAAGGCGAGAUCUCCAAUCAAACAGAUGCGAGGGAAUGCAUCCAGUGUACCGAGGACUACUGGUCAAACGCCAACCGUGAUACCUGCGUGCCCAAGACUAUCGAGUUCCUGGACUUCGGCGAGCCGCUGGGCAUCACCCUGAUCGUGAUCUCGGCCUUCGGGGCGCUGGCGACGAUGGCGGUGGCCGUGGUGUUCCUGAUGAACGUGAGCACGCCCCUGGGCAAGGUGAACGAUCCGGCACUGACCCUCUCACUGCUUUUCUCCCUGGUGGUGACCUUCCUGUGCUCCAUCGUGUUCCUGGGCAGGCCGCAGCACUGGUCCUGCAUGACCAGCCAGGUGGCGCUGGCCCUGGGUUUCGCCCUCUGCCUGUCCUCCAUCAUGGGAAAAUCCAUCGUGCUCAUGCUCCGCGCCCGCGUCCUGAAGGCCGCCAAGGCAGCCGCCAAAGCCGCCGCCAAGGCCGCCAAAGAAGCUAAGGAGGCCAGGGAGGCCGCCGCCGCCGAGGGCGAUGCCGGCGCCGACACCAACACCAUCGUCGCCACCAACGUCAACGCCAACGGCAACGCCAACGUCAUUGACACCGACGGACCCGACCCCAUUCAGCCCAUCCACCAGAGGGCGCUGGUGGUGGUGUGCACUCUAAUCCAGGCAGUGGCCUGCACAGUGUGGCUGAUCCUCCUGCCUCCGCACCCCAUCAAAAACACGGCUGCGCAGAAUAUCAAGAUCAUCCUGGAGUGUGACGAGGGCUCCAUCGUCUUCAUCUGCUGCAUCUUCGCCUACGACAUCCUGCUGGCGCUGCUGGCCUUCGUCUUCGCCUUCGUCGCCCGCAAGCUGGAGGACCACCUUGGCGAGGCCAAGUGCAUCACCUUCGGCAUGCUCGUCUUCUUCAUCGUGUGGAUCUCCUUUGUCCCCGCCUACCUGAGCACGCGGGGGAAGUUCAUGGUGGCCGUCCAGAUCUUCGCCAUCCUGGCUUCCAGCUUCGGCCUGCUCUGCUGCAUCUUCCUGCCCAAGUGCUACGUCUUCCUGGUGAAGCCAGACAGGAACUUGGAGGAGCUCCUGAAGCCCCGCCCCAAACUCCGCGACAGCACCGCCACCAGCAUGUCCACGGCCACCUCCGCCUCCUUCUCCACCGACAUCAACGCCACCACUGUGUCCACUAUGGCAGUUGAUGACUGAGCCAACUCCGUGUUGGCCCCGCCCAGAAUUUGCUUCUAGUUAUACAGGACUCUGCUUCUGACACUAUGCAAGGCUAACGUCUGUCACUAAGACCCAACAAAAUGUAUGCAAUAGCCACUUUCACACAUGCACAAGCAUAAAUAUAUUUACAUAAAUUUAUUUACCCUCACCCACAGGACACGUGCAUAUGCCCACUCAAAUCCACACACAUUAACCCAUUCACUCAUAUAUGGACAAGCACACAAACACACACUUAUAUUCAAGUACAGAUAUUUGUACACAUGCACAAAACAUGGUUAAAAACAUAGUUCUAGAAAACACAUAACUUUCUUUCAGGAUGAGACAUCUAAUCCCUAGAUAUGGAGUUAUUAGAUUGGUUGAAGUUCUUUUCAUGUAUUUAAAUUUAAUAUAAUACAAUGUCCUCGACAUAUAUAUCCAUGGAGCUUACAGUACAUUGUUUUAAAAUAGCAGCAGCUUCCAUUAUAUAUAAACCAUUCUCUUAACUCUAUCCCUAUGGAGACAACAUGAAAGGUGGACCUCCAGCUAAUCAUAGCAAUGGAUCUCUGCAUUAGCACCACUGAACUAGCAUUCCACAGCAUUGAGGCAACAACAGUUAGGUAAAGCAAAGAGCCCUAUUAAAGAUUGUAUAGUUCAUUUCAGAGUGAGAAACCACUUAAACUUUUAAAAUAAAUGACUAUCACACAUUUCAUUAUAUGUUUAUGCUACUUUUUUCUUCUCGGUAGAUAUUUGUCAAUUUAGAUUAAAUUAAAUCAUAAUCAUUGCUCAAAUUAAAGAUUUGUGAUUUCACAAGAUAAUGAAUUUCCACUUGUGAAUCAGGACAAAAAUAAGAGGACCGCAAUUUAUAGAACAGCUCUAGAAUAAGAUAUUGUAGUACAAAGCAAAAAGUUAAUUUAAGUUUAAAUAUACAUAGUUCCUUCUCUAUGCAUACAUCAUACAUCUGCAUACAUUAUUUGAUAUUCUAUAUUUGCUGUGUAAAUAUAUAAUAAUGAAAAUGCUGCUGACUGCAAGUGACUUCUGAAGUUAAUAAAGAUAUAUUGUUUGCACUCUUA